AUGGCUGGGACUCGGACUAAGAAAGGAAUGGCGCUGAGGAUUAGGCUAGAGACAGAGUUAAGGCAAGAGCUAGAGUCUAGAUCUGGAUCUGAGGCUAGAGAUGGACCUAAAGCUAGGCUCUCAAACUGGGAUCUGAGGCUAGAGCCGAAACUGAGGUCUGGAGCUAAAGAUGAAGCUAGAGAUGGAGCUGGUGCUAAAUUUUGGAACUAA